CUUUCGCCCGUCAGCUUUCCACAAAGGCCUCAGAUCCGUGGAUUUUUGGAAGAAUCUGAAGAAGGCGAUGCCGGGGCGAGGAGAAAGUGCCUGAACGCACAUGUGGCGUGGCAAGGCUUCGCUCGCUAUCAGCAAUCGUGACUCAGGAAGCGGAAGGCCUGCACGUCGUCAAGGGUGCGACAGCUGAUUGUAUUCCAAACCAUGGCAACAACGCGUGCAGUCAGCCCCGUCUUCGCGCAGUGCGCGGGUCGAAAACUCGCCCGAAAGUUUAAGUAAUCCGUCUCUCACACCUCGACAUCUCGAUAAGCAGUGCAAACGAAACUUUAGUGCGACGCCUGCACAAUCGACUUCCUCACGAUGCAGAAGAAUUACGAUGAACACCACGUGUUCCAGCUCCGAACUAGUGCUGCCCGCAUGCUGUCGCUUGUGGAAUUACCAAUAGGACACUUAACUUCAGAUUCCAAUCACCAGAUGGCAGCGGGACAAGAUCAGAAAUGGCAGAAGGACGCCGCGGACCAGAACUUCGACUACAUGUUCAAGUUGUUGAUAAUUGGCAACAGCAGCGUGGGGAAGACGUCGUUCCUCUUCCGGUACGCCGAUGACUCCUUCACGUCGGCUUUCGUCUCCACUGUUGGCAUCGACUUCAAGGUCAAGACAGUUUUCCGACAUGACAAAAGAGUCAAGCUGCAGAUAUGGGACACCGCUGGACAAGAGAGGUACCGCACCAUCACUACAGCCUACUACCGGGGUGCCAAUGUAAAUUGUUUUGUUGAACACAGCAAAGUCCUUGAAGCUUCGAACAGAACUCUGCAGGUGACCCAGAUAAAAACGUACUCGUGGGACAACGCACAAGUGAUCCUGGUAGGGAACAAAUGCGACAUGGAGGACGAACGGGUCAUCAGCUACGAACGAGGAAAGCAACUCGCAGAGCAGCUUGGAAUCGAGUUCUUCGAGACUUCGGCCAAGGAGAACAUUAACGUUAAGGCAGUAUUUGAGCGACUGGUCGACAUCAUAUGCGACAAGAUGUCAGAGAGUCUAGACUCAGACCCCAACCUCAUGAACGCUGGGUCCAAGGGAACUCGACUCACCGAGCAACCGGCGGGGCCUCAGAACGGCAGCUGCAAUUGCUAACCACCUCUCGGCAACCACUUCAGCAACUCGACGACAAAGCCAUGAUAAGUUUCGACGUGUCCAAUUUUUGCCAGAUGCAACGAUAAUGUUGGCAAAGUCAAUACAGAAUGGAUUUCAACGUAUAUUAUUUUGUAGUAUUUCGUACUGCUGCUAAGAAUCUAUGUACGGCUGCGAGAUUCGAGACGACCGGAGCGAGACUAAAGUUACCUGUAAGAUAUUGGCUAAAUCCCUUGGUGGCCUUGGUACUAAAAAUGCUAUGCACCCACAAUUAAGCAGUUUAUAAAUUCAGUAUGAUUUUUUUCAAAAAAAAAAAAAUUAAUUAUAGUAAAAAUGUGGACAUACUGCGCUGUUAGAUGAAUGAUUAGGAAAAUGUAUCUGUGACGUAUAUUCAUGUAUGUUCCACACACACACACACACUCUCUAUUGUUCUGCCUGUAGCAGCUUCUUCAGUCAGCCUUGAAUUAAUUUCUGUGUGUGAGACUGUACAAUUAGGAGAUUCAUUUCCGUCAUAAUAAGUAUUUUUCACACUUUUAGAUAUUCAGUUUAGCGAUGAAACCGAGAUCUCUGUUCACUCUGUAAGAUAAUUUAGCCGUGAUCUUAUAGUUUUCUGUAGACUGGCAAAGCGAGACAACUCCCAUUUAAGCUGACGAGUCACGUGAUAUUUCGUCGGUCAGAAACCACGAUCUGUUGCAAUCAGAGUUCUCGUUGCUAUUAGCAAAGCAACAGAGCUGUGAAUUUCGUGUUAGUCUGAAAGAAUGACUUCAUUAACUUUGUGGAUAAUGAGAAAUUUGUAGGAACUCGUACUAGUUAAAUCUUCUCCUGUACCUUGAGUCUCAAAGUGGCUGGAACCCUCAGAAUGCAUAUGAAGCCACCCACUGACAACAGACAGGAUAUUUCUUAAAAUCUAAACUGAUCACUAUACGUCGCGUUUCGAAAAUCGUAAAUUAUUCGUAAUAUUACAAGUACAUGUCGAAGUUUAAAAUGUUUGCGUAAUUUCUUCAUGAACUAUUCAUUAAUGGAUAAUUUUCUGUGAUAUGUUAGGAUGUUGCAAUAAGAGUCUGCACUCAAAUUGCGCGUGUGAUCUCGUAUGGACCACGACUUUCAUGAAAUAUUAGCUACACUUACUUCCGUUCUGACGAUUUGAAAAGAACGUAAUCCUCUGUUUCAUCUGCCUCGUCUUCAAUCUCAAAAAAAGAGGAACCUCUUUAGCAUUUAGGGGGUUACAUUUACAACUGAAAAUUUACAUCUUUUCAUUCUUGCCUAUCAGUUAAAAAUAUAUUUUUAUUUUUAAUA